AUGUCUGCAGAACAAGGGGCUUCUUCAUCUGAGAAUGCCAUUCCAGAAUCCACUAUUCCAAAUCCAAUCGCUAUCGAAAUUGCUUUGCCGGCAAAUGAACAAUCGAGUGUGAUUAGUUUCCAAAGUAGUGCCAAUGAAACUAUUGAUUCAAUUAGCCAAAACAUCACUAUUAUGCCAUCUACUUCCCACUUGACUUGUUUCAAUCUUGUGUUGCCAGGCUCAAAGGUUCCAUUGGAUGAAAAUGUUACUAUGGAGGAACUUUUGCAAGAUGAAAGUGAAGGAGUGAAAUUGGAAUUGGUCGAAAAGAAUUAUACUUUGAAGACCGUCAGGGAACACGUCAUGAAGAUCAGAGAAAACUGCGGGCUUUUACAGUUUGACAAUUCUGAUCCUUUGGGGGUUGAAUAUUCUGGGAUUGAUUCUGGUAGUACCAAAUUCUCUGAAUUGCACUUCAACGAGAAGAAAUUCGAAAAGACUGUUGAUGAAAAGACUGAAGGAGAAAAAGAUGACGCUCCACAAACUGAAAGCUAUAAACUUACCAAUGAAGAUAAGAAAGAGUUUGAAACUCUCAAGUCUGCUAUUGUCGAAGGAUCCGAUGCUUCCGCAGAAGACUUAUUGAUAACUAAGAACCCUGCCCAAUUGAAACCAGCUUUGAAGAACAUGUCUUUGUCCGGCUGGAAUCCAGUUUCCUCUUAUAGCAAAUUGAACGAAGGACACUUAUUAUAUUUACAAGUCCAAACAUUAGAAGGUGACAAUCAUCACAUCACUGCCACUAUUAAUGGAUUUUACUUGAACAAUUCUUCUAACUCCAGAUUCGACCCAAGUUUGAAAACCAAGAAUUUGCCACAUAAGAAGUUGGCUGCUCAAGGUAACAAGAAGUUCCAUUCUUUAUAUAACUUGAUACAACUUUUGUCCGAGAAAUUCAAUGAAGUUGAAGAAUCCAACAGAGAUUUGCUCAUGAGCACUAAUCCAUUGAAAUUUUUGAUUCCAACUAACUCAUUCCUUUCUAAUCCAUGGAUUGCCGACCGCCCAAGCUACAACCAACAACCUGACUUUGGUAAAACCCAAAUUCAAUUCCUUGUUGGUGGUUCUGAUAGCGGUGAUUUGUUGCGUUCUUGGAACGAUGACUACCAACAGUUUAUUGACUUCCCAAAGGCCAAUUUAACUGAACGUAUUGCCCGUGAACGUUUGCUCAACAAGACCGGAUUUGAAUUCGCUACUGCUGCCACCAAGACCGCCGUGGCUAUCAUUAAUGGUGAUAUUCCAGCUUUGGAUAUCUCCGAAACCAAUUUAAAAGAUAAGAUUUUCCUUAGAAACAAUAUUUUCUAUUCUUUUGCCAUUGAUUCAAGCAACCAAUACGCCAAUGCUGGUGGUGAAGAAGCUGCUCGUUAUGCUGCUAAGAAGGAUCUCGUGGCCAUUAAGAAGUUGAAUAACUUGGAUGAUGGGAAAGUGAAAUAUGCGAUGACCACCAUUGUUGAUUACGCUGGUUACCGUGUUGUUUGUCAAGCUCCAAUUCCAGGGGUUUUCAACCAGGUCAUCCCAUUACAGGAAGAAGACUUUGACGAAAAUGGCCAAUUAAAAUCCGAAGAAUUGUCAUCUCGUAUAACUGAAAAGGUUGCCUAUGGCUUUGGCGAUGAAUUUAACAAAAUUAAUGACACCAAAUUAUUCGAAAAAUCUUUCAAGACAAUUAGUGAUUACUUCCAUUUGAAAAAACACACUGUUUGGUCACAAUCUGCCGAAGGCGAACAUAGCAAUGUUACUGAAUUGGUUACUUCUUUGGAUACCAAGGGUCUUAAGGGUAGUGACGAUAGAUUGUAUAUCAUUGAUAUGUACAAAACUACUCCAUUGGAUAUCAAAUUCAUCGAAGAAAAUUGCGAUGAAUCAAAGGAGGAUAGCUAUCCAUUCAGACAAGUGUUGUUGAGACAUGAAUUGGUUGAUGAAUGGUUCAGAAGAAACGUUGCCAAAGAGAUCAAGGCUGAAAGUGAAAAGUUGAGCGAUGAAGAUAAGAGUCAAGAAGAUGGACCUAAGAUCACCGUCGAUGCCGCAAAAUUCACUUUCAAUCCUGACGCCUUUUCCCUUAAGGGCAAACCAGAGGAUCUCAGUGCUGAGCAACUUAAAGAAGUCAAGGAAGAUGAAGAUUGUGUUAGACAACUUGGUGAUUUCUUGCACAAUACCAUCAUUGAAGAAUUUUUGGCGGAUGUUUUCACUGGAAAGGCUAUGGUUCCGUUAGAUGGUGAACACUUAACUGAAACUUUACACAAACAGGGUAUCAAUUUACGUCAUUUGGGAUUGUUAGCCAAAAAGAUCUUGGAAUCUAAGGCGGAAACUGAAGAGAAAAGAAAGGUUGAAUUGGAGCAAAUCGCAAAGGAUAAUGAAUUGAAAGAAGAAGAAGAUAAGAAAAAGGAGGCUGCUAAGAAGGAAAAGGAAGCUCAAGAAAACGAUGAAUCAAAGGAAACCACUGAAGAGGCUGAAGAAGCUGAAGAAGAUAAUUCCAUCUUUGACAUGAACAAGGCUGCUGCUGCUUAUAACAGUUUCUACAAAGUCAUUGUUCAAGAAGUGAUUGCUAGAACUUCUAAGCACGUCUUACGCUCUUUGACUGAUGUUGCUGGUAUUGAAUUCGCUCCAUCAAUCGUUUCUCACUUUUUAAACCUCUUAUUUGGAUUUGAAAUCAACAGCAAACCAGAAUUCAAAUUGCAAGGAUUUUUGGAAUCUGCUUAUGACUUGUCAUCUCCAGAAUUGGCCGCUUUGAAUGAAAAAUUGUCAAGCUUGUCAACCUGUGACGCUUUGAUUGCUUUAGUUUCCAGAGAAGCUUUCAAGAGAUUCAGAUUGGAAUUAUCUGUCGAAACUAUUAAGAAAUUCAUUGCUUUUAACCCAAUUUCUUUACUCAGAGAAAUUUCCAUGAAAUUUGGUAUUCAAUUACUCGCUAAGGAUUAUGCUUUUGAUGAAGCUACCUUCGAGAAAUUUGCCGCUGCAACUGCCGUGCAACCUGCUACCUCUUCUAAUGCCCCAGUUUCAAACUCCAAAGCUAAGAAGAACAAGAAGAAGAAUAAUGCCACAACUCCAUUAGCCCAAGACAUUUCAAAGCCUCAAAACACCAUUUUCACUCCAUCCAAUGUUCUCAAUUUGGUUCCAAAGAUCAAUGAUUGUACCUUUGAAUCAUCACUUGCCCAGGAAAUUUUGAACACUGGCCGUGAAUACAUUUACAGCACUAUUCCACCAAGCACCGAAGAAGACGCUGAAAAGGCCGCUAAACAACGUGAGGAAAACGUUAACCUCGGGGUCUCCUUGGUUCUCGAAUCUCUUUCUUUGCAAGAACAAGUCUACGGCAGUAUCCACCCUAAGAUCGCUGAGAUUUGUAGCACUUUAUCCAACAUUUACGCCGAAAUUGGCCAGGUUGAAGUGGCUAUUGAUUAUGCUAAGAGAUCUUUGAUUGUCGGUGAAAGAGUUUACGGUAUUGAUUCAUACAAGGUUGUAUUGUCUUUAUUGAACUUGGCAUUCCUUCAAAACAUCAACGGUAGCCAAAUUGCCUCUAUUGAAACUUAUCAAAGAAUUUUGGACAUUUUGAAACUCAAGAGUAACAACAGUAUUGACAAGGAAAUCAGUGAAGAAGACUGUUUGUUGGCCUCCAUGCAUCCAUUGAACACCACCGUUAUCAGCAACAUUGGCUUCAUUUACAGUAGCUUAGGCUUGUUUGAGAACAAUAUCGACUUGUACGGCAAGGCUAUUGAAUUGAGUGAGAAAUUUAACGGUAAAGAAUCUAAUGUUACCAUGAUUUUGAGACGUAACUUGUCACAAUUAUAUCUUGAAAGUGGCCAAUUCAGUUCAGCCCUUAGAGAAUAUAACAAAUUGAACCAUUUGUUGAAAAAGAACGUUGGGUUGAGACAUCCUAUUACCAAAGAAUCUUACUUGUGGAUGGAAAGAUUAGUGAGAUACACCUAUGAAACUGGCAAGUACAACAAAAUGGCUCAGCAAUCCAAGGCUAAACAAUCACAAACUUUACAAGCACAAACUUCACAAGCACAACAACAGCAACAACCUGCUCCAUCCAAGAAGAAGAACAAGAAGAAGAAGAAGAAGACCACUUAA